UCUGCCUUUCACAGAGGGAGAGAGAAAAAGAAAGACAAAGAAAGAAAUUGGGGUUUUCACUUCGUUUAUUCUUCCUUUUUCCAUCGACCCUUUUUCCUUUCAAUUUUCCACUCUCUCUUCUUCAACAGCAAACUUCAUCACACAUAUCUCUUAAUCCAAAGCAAACCCACAAACCCACUUCUGUUUCUUCUCUAAUUUUGAUGGAUCCACAGAUCUAAUACUUUCAGACCCACUUGAUCUUGAUCUUCUACAUCUUGCGAGAUCUUCAUCUUGUCUCUCUUCUUCAGUCUCUGUUCAUUUAUGGGAGCUUCCAUUCAAGUGUUAACUGCUAUGCGGAUAUUUUGGAGGGUUGUUUGGGUGAGAUGAGGGAUGUUCUCAGAGUUGAUGAACUUUUUGAGAGCUUGUUUUCGACCGAGGUCGGAUCGACAUGUGCACAAGGGUUCCGAUGCUGGUGGUCGACAGGAUGGUCUCCUAUGGUACAAAGACAGUGGGCAGCAUGCCAAUGGUGAGUUUUCAAUGGCUGUAGUUCAGGCUAACAAUUUACUUGAGGAUCAAAGCCAGAUGGAGUCAGGCAAUUUGAGCUUGCACGAGGCCGGGUCAUAUGGUACCUUUGUUGGUGUAUAUGAUGGGCAUGGAGGGCCCGAGACGUCUCGUUAUGUAAAUGAUCACCUUUUCCAGCAUCUUAAAAGGUUUACUUCAGAGCAACAAUCCAUGUCAGUGGAUGUCAUACGAAAGGCAUUUCAAGCUACCGAAGAGGGGGUCAUUGCUCAAGUUUCAAAACAAUGGUCAAUGAGGCCACAAAUUGCAGCUGUUGGAUCUUGCUGCCUUGUUGGUGUAAUUUGUGGUGGAACCCUUUACAUCGCUAACCUUGGUGAUUCACGAGCUGUUCUAGGGAGAGUUGUAAAGGCAACGGGGGAAGUUUUGUCCGUUCAGUUGUCGGCUGAGCAUAAUGCAUCUAUAGAGUCUGUGAGGCAGGAGCUCCGUGCUCUGCAUCCCGAUGAUCCUCAUAUUGUAGUCUUGAAGCAUAAUGUAUGGCGCGUGAAGGGCCUUAUACAGGUUUCUCGAUCUAUUGGUGAUGUCUAUUUAAAGAGAGCCGAGUUCAACCGAGAGCCUCUUUAUGCUAAGUUCCGCCUUCGUGAACCUAUCAAAAAGCCCAUACUGAGCGCCGAACCAUCUAUCUCAGUGCUCCAAUUGCAGCCACAGGAUCAAUUUAUUAUAUUUGCUUCAGAUGGGCUCUGGGAACACCUUAGCAAUCAGGAAGCUGUUGAUAUUGUCCAAAACCAUCCACGUAAUGGAAGUGCAAGGAGGCUGGUGAAAGCAGCACUACAAGAAGCAGCAAAGAAGAGAGAAAUGAGGUACUCCGAUUUGAAGAAGAUUGACCGUGGCGUACGGCGACAUUUCCACGAUGACAUCACAGUGAUUGUUGUGUUUCUCGACUCAAACCUUGUGAGCCGAGCUAGCUCUACAAAAUGUGCAAGCCUAUCUGUGCGAGGGGGUGGAGUUAACUUACGUCCAAACUCAUUGGCCCCUUGCACCACACCAUCAGACACUGGCAUGGCCUGAUUCGGCUGUAUCAUCUCAUGUUUGUCUGUUGUAUUGUUCUCAUAUGUGAAUACCAGGUAGCUUCCAACAGAGAUAAAGUGGAGCAAGGCAUCAAUCCUUUUACUAUACACUGUAACUGUUAACUCAAAAAGGGGGAAAAAAAAAAAAAAAGAAGAAGCUUCAGCUUUCUGUCCAAAACCAAAGCAACUGAAGUAGACAGCUUCAAGUUGCCUGUAAUUGUAGCUAAUUCCUUGGCAUAUUUCAUAUCCUUCCCAUUAUUUUUUUCUCUUUACCCAUUUUGCUCACUGCUUAGCUCAUGUAAAUUGUAUGUAUGAUGACUAUGGAAAUUCAGUUUUGCUUGUUUU